GCGGAGUUUACAGGCCCUAUCGAUACACUAUAGCUGCAUACAUAAUCACUUACAAAUAAUAAAGCCUCGCUUGUAAGUCAUUUUCAUGGAGUACUACCGUUGACACAUAUGGAGUGUCAAGAGGAAAAGCCAAUAAUUUAUACAAUGGAAAACAAGCCGAUUGUGACAUGUGCAGGAGAUCAGGGCUUGUUCACAUCUCUCUAUACCUCAUUGGUUCAACAACUUCCUAGGGAACCAAUGGAAUGGAGACGAACCUAUGGCCGUGCACCGAAAAUGAUCCACUUAGAAGCUAAUUUUGUCCAGUUUAAAGAGGAGCUCCUUCCUAAAGAGGGUAACAAGGCUCUUCUCACCUUUCCUUUCCUUCACAUCUAUUGGACGGACUGCUGUGACACAGAGGUAUAUAAGAGCUCAGUGAAGGAGGAUAUGAUGCGUUGGCAAAACAGCCUGCGGACCCACAACUCAGCAGACUGGGUCAUCAUUGUUGUCGAGACCAGUGACACAAAGAAAAAAAACAAGACGAACAUCCUGCCUCGGUCUUCCAUCGUAGACAAAAUCCGCAGUGACUUUUGCAACAAGCAGAACGACAGGUGUGUAGUUCUGUCAGAUCCUUUAAAGGACUCAUCUCGGUCAGUGGAAUCCUGGAAUUCUUUGCUCUUGAAGCUGAGAACUCUCCUCCUAAUGUCGUUCACCAAGAACCUGGGCCGCUUUGAAGAUGACAUGCGUACUCUCCGAGAAAAACGUACUCAACCAGGCUGGAGCUUCUGUGAAUACUUCAUGGUUCAGGAGGAGCUGGCUUUUGUUUUUGAAAUGCUACAACAGUUUGAGGAUGCCUUGGUCCAGUAUGAUGAACUGGAUGCUCUUUUUACUCAAUAUGUGCUUAACUUUGGGGCAGGAGAUAUGGCGAACUGGCUCGGCUCAUUCUGCGCUCCGGUACGUAACUGGAGUGGCUUACUGCUACGGCGACCGAUUGACAUGGAAAAGAGGGAUAGUAUCCAACGUGGAGAGGCCAACUUGUUAGACCUGAGGAGCUACUUGUUUUCUCGUCAAUGCACUUUACUCAUCUUCCUCCAGAGACCUUGGGAGGUCACUCAGAGAGCUUUAGAGCUACUCCACAACUGUAUACAGGAGCUACAUCUGCUGGAGGUUCCCGUUGUUGAAGGAGCACUAGACUGUUGGGUGUUCCUAAGCUGCUUAGAGGUUCUGCACAGGAUCGAAGGUUGCUGUGAUCAGGCACAGUUAGCUUCAAACUGCUCCCACACUGUUGGCCUUUGGGCCUAUGCCACUGACAAGCUGAAGUCUCUUGGGGAACUCUGUGGCCUGGUAUCAGAGAAAGGGCCCACAUCUGAGGACUUGAACAGGACUGUGGAUCUGCUGGCAGGAUUGGGGGAUGAGAGAGCUGAGACUGUCAACAGUCUGCAGAGUCCUUAUAAAAAGCUAAAAGAAGCUUUGUCAUCUGUGGAAGCUUUUGAAAGGCACUAUCUUGAACUCUCUCAUGCUGCCUUGGAAAUGUAUCAGGCUAUCGGCCGUCUGAGGUCUGCCAGGCUGGUGGGGAAAAGUCUGGCUGAAUUCUACAUGAGGAAGGGGGACCCCAAGCGGGCAGAAACCUUCUUUCAAGAAGCUCUAAAGUCUUAUGUUUCGGAGGGUUGGCGCCUCCCUGUGACCCACACCAGGAGACAAAUUGCUGAGUGUCAGAAACUGCAGGCAAGAACUGAGGACUAUCUGCAAACCAGUGCCUUAUUGGCUGGUGACACAAACCUGUCAACUGAGGAGAGGGAGCAUUUCUGUCAGGAAAUUCUCAACUUUGCUGGAAAGUCUGGAGACCAAUCUCACAAAGUGACUCUCAGCAUGGGUGUGUUUGCUCAGCUCACACGAUUACAGUUCCAUCCAGCAACAGCUUCCGUGCACUCUGGAGCUGUUCUGCAGGUUGAGCUCACAAUGAACUGCUUAAUGCCAAUUUCCAUGAGCAUACAGCAGCUAGCUGCAAGCAUUCACUUUGAUGUGGAUCAUGGGGGGACUCAUGGAAGGUCCAAGUUAGAUCAAAGGCAAAUAAACGCUGGAACAGUGGAGUUCAGCCAGGAUAACUCAUCCGUUGGUCUUCGCUCCUCUGCUGCUGCUGGCCCUUCAUUAGAGCUGGAUGAGAUUCAGGACAGGAGUCCUUCAGACAAUUUUCUCAAUUCUACAGGAGUCGUAUGUAAAAACACUCACCUGGUAAUGCGUUGCCAUGACAGCAUUUCACCACCGAAUACACCCAACUCUGUCAGCCCUUCCACUGUUGCCAUGAAGGAAGGAGGGCAGAUGCUAAAGGUGCAAGAUAUCAUUUUAAAACCUGGAAACAACAGCAUCAUCUUCACGGCACCAAGUGGACAACCAGGUACUUACACAUUACGACAGCUGUGCGCCACAGUAGGUGAAAUACAGUUUGUUCAAUCACAUAUCUACCCAACUAUCCGGUAUGAAGUAUAUUCUCAGGAACCCCAGCUCACCGUUGACCCUGUCUCAGAGCCUCUGUUAGCUGGUCUUCCUCAGAUGAUAAAGUUUACUCUUCUUACUGGUCACUGUGCUGUGAAAAAAGGAGAUGCACUGCAACUAAGCAACACAGACACUAUGCCCUUCCUUCCCUCCACCAGCUGCACUGCCCGCAUCAGUUGCCAAACUUCUGAUGUGGUAGGUGAAAGCAUCCUGUCCAUCCAGUCGUCUGAAAAGGUGACCAGCAUCAGUUUACCUCCCACCCCUCCCUACCACAUUCUGGAGUUCCAGUUGGAGGUUUUGUGCAUCAUACCAUCUGGGUUGGACAGUGUGGCCAAUGAACGGCUUACAAACGGGGAGGUUCGCCAUCGCCCACGUAGUUACAGUCAUCCUGACACACCGAUGACUGCUGUUGACCAGAGGAUGUCUGUUGACUGCCCAUGGUCUAUUUACUCCACGCUGCUCUCCCUCACCUUUUACAUCCCUUUUAAGACCAAACACUCACUGCUUUCUGCUGGUAACAGAAAAUACAUCCAAGUGUGUGUGCAAAAUGUGUCGGAUGUCAGCUUUACAUUAGCAGACGUGAAACUGACAGAGAAACAGCAUGCAUCUUUGGAGCUACAGUCCUUGAACACUAAAACACAUCAGCUUCUGUGCAGUAAGCACAGUGUGUUCUGCUUGUGGGAGGUGAGGUGGAAGGAUGAGCUGCCCUCGUGUCUGCAGUGUGUGUUCUCUGCCAACUUCUCUCCUGUCAACAAAGACAUCUCUGCCUUCAAACCCUUCCACUACCAGUUCCAGCUCGAGGGAGUCACUACAUUGUACAGUGUGAGAGGGAAGAUAUCGCCUCCUGCUGGUGAACAGCACUGUCGUUCUGGUUUCCUCUGUGGGUUCGAGGUAUCUAUAACACGACUGACGGAACCUGCCGAGGGAGAGGUAGCAGAGGACAGCAAGACUGACGGUGACUGCCUGAAAACCACCAAACUCAUGUAUGAAGUGGCCGACAGCAGCAGCAACUGGGCAGUUUGUGGGAAGAGUUCGGGGAUGGUGUUGAUGCCUAUGAAAGCGAAUUGCACACACAAGGUUCAGAUUGAGGUGAUGCCUCUGUUUGCCGGACACCUGCCUUUCCCCAAGAUCAAAGUGCUCAAGUACCUGCCCCACAGUGCUGCCGUGGCCAUUCAAUCAGACCCUGACAGCUGCGUGGAGAAUGACAGUUUGUCACUGCUGGACAAGACACUGGAUGACCAGGGGGAUACAGCAAGCAUCCGCAGCCGGGGCAGCAUCCAUUCUGUGGGUAGUGGUGACCAGCAGCAGAAGAGCAUAGCUAUGCCGCGUCUGGAGCCCUUCAGUCCCGGACAGGUGUUCAAUCAUAGCUACGGGCAACAAAUUGUAGUGUUGCCAGCCACCGAUGACCACAUCAUGGAGGUCAACGCUACAUGACCCUGGAGUUUUUAUUGUGCGCGCCUUCCCUGUAGGACUUAGCCCAGUCUCUGGAUGGACUUUACUGAGCUCCGGGGCUGAUCAGGUCCAUGAGUGCGUGCAGCGUCUAACACUGCAGGUUGCCACAAUGGACUCAUUCCUGAGCAUGAAACUUUCACAUAACUGGAGACAUUAUGGAUGGAAUGGUGAAGAAUGAAUGACAACUGCUGAGAAAUUUAUGGGUGAAAAAUAUUGCCAUAGUUUGUGUAAAAGUAAUUGAAAAAUCUCUUUCUCUCACCAAAUACAUAUAUAGUGUGCGUGUGUGUAUAUAUACUUUCAUGUGUAUAUAUAUAUAUAUAUAUAUACACACACAUACAUAUAUAUAUGUGGCUGUAUAUAUGUAUGCAUAUAUAUGUGUGUGUGUGUGUGUGUGUGUGUGUGUGUGUGUAUAUAUACACACAUACAGUUAUGAAUCUUAUUUGCGCCUUUUGUGCUGUUUCGAUUUGAAGGGAAAAACACACUUAUUGUUCCACAAUGAACCAAAGCUCCAAAUCUGUGCAUGCCGUCAUCAAUUACUUAGAUACUUUCGGUCUGAAUACAUGCAAUGAGCUGAGCCACACGGGUGGUUUUUGUAUUUCAUACUUUGCCAUGAUGAUUAUAAAGCAGAAUGGGCUGCUUUUUUCAUAUGAGAAAACAUGUCAUCCAAAACAUCACUUUCAGGACAUAUCUGUAAAUGUUAAGACUCUUCUGCCAAGCCAUUCCCACACAAAAACUUCCUCUCAUUGGACAUUAAAGUAAUAUGUAACCAGGCCAUAUAAAACUGGCAAGUCAAUGGUGGACCUGACAGAUGUGGAGCACCUGGAAUGAAGCUGUUUUGUUUAAAAAAAUAAAAUAAAAUAAAACUUGAGAUAGAGAGCACUUAAGAUGGAAACUGGUUCACAGAAAAAUUUACAGUGUGCCAUGUAACAAUUAUUGACAGCACUUAUCUGAUCUUUUACGGUGAACAUUUUAAAAACAAGUCCAUGUUUUUGUUUUUCAAGAUAACUAUCAUUACGGUGCUUUGGUGUAGUCAUGUUAGUUGGAGCCUUUAUUUCAAACAAUAUAAAUUAAUUUUAAAUUGAAUUAUUGGAAGAUUUGCUACAUUUUCAACAACCGAUGUUGGUGCUUGCUGGUUAUUAAACUACUAGAUCCAGCUUGUCCUGCUUGUUUAGAAAUUUAAUCUUUGCAUGGGGUGAAAGGUAAGUUUCUGAUUUUUUUCUUUUCUUUUCUUGGUUUAAUAUAUAAGGUAAUAAUUUGUAACAAAUAGUCAGAAGAAAUAUUAAAACGCAUCCGAGGGGAAAGUGCUCUGCCUUCUCUAAUGUGGACAAAAUAUCCACUUUAGUUUUCAGAUUUUUUACCUGCAGGAUUGAAAGUCUUUCAUUACGGAUAUGUCUUCCAUUAAGUGGAAAAGAUCUAUUCAGUAACUGUUUUUAACAAAAACAUGUGUCACGGUAAACAUUAGCACAAAACUCUCAUAGAGAAACCCACUGAUGAUAUCAGGCUAAAGCUGAGUGUGUAUAUUUGUUUUUUUUCCCACUGUCGGUUUGUGUAAGUAUGAAGGAUUGUGUGAGCGUGCACGAUCAAGUGAGACUUUUACUUCAGGAUCUGUCAGUGCGCGUUGUCAUCAUAUUUGUUGUCCGUGUAUUGUUGCUAUACAGUGCUGCAUAUUUAUGCUGUGUGUGUGUGUGUUUCUCGCCAAAUAUGUCUUCAAGCUAUGCACAAAUACUGCUAAUAUUGAAAGAAUGAAAUGAAGAAGUUUGCAUUCACUAAUUCAUGUAUUUGAAGGGAAGAAUAUGACACUCCACCCAAUAUGUUUCACUACAGUGUCCUGCUCUUCUCUGACCACUGAACAUAAAUAUCUGUAAAUAAUGAUUCAAAUCAAAAUCUUCUUUGAUUGCCAACUAUAUAUAAAAAAAUUAAUGAGUGAGAAACUUAUUUUCACAACUGCAAAUUUUAUCUGAGGGGACUCUCAAGAGCACAUCAUCUUUUACACAAGCAUGAAAUCAAAGUAACAUCAGUAAAUGCUAGCAAUGUAGUAUUUUAUGGUCAAUAUUGCACCACCCAUAAAUGCAUUGUUAAAUUUCUAAUUAGCCACAUUGUUUAAAAGUGAAGUAAGUUUAAAGGAAGAAUACAUUUUAAUAUUUGGGUUUUUCACACCCGAGGUUACAAUAUGUACUGAGCUAUUUGAUCUCAGCUACCCUCUGUUCACACACACACAAACUUUUACACCAGCGAGUAAAACCUUCAGUUUCACCAUUUUCAUAAAUUCAGUUUUGUGUUUUGUGAUCUUUCCGUUAUCUGGCCCAUCUCGUGUGUAAGCAGCUGCCAUAUCCAGGAAACAGAUAUCCUCUCAACCUUUAAGAUUAGGCUUAAAA